ACCAAUAAAUUCAACUACAGCCUAUCCCUACCCUCCAUUGUAUUUUGAUUUUCUCCCAAUCUAUCUUGAAUUCGAAAUUGAUUUGGGUGUGAUGGAUAAAUCCGCUGUACACCGACCUCAGCUCCCUCUCAAGACGCGCAUCAGCCUCUUCUUCCUCAGCGCCGUCACCGACGCCACCAUGCGCCCCGACGGCACCGUCAACCGCCGCCUCUUCUCGACUCUAACCUACAUCCUGAAGGUCCCACCCUCCUCCUCCAAGCCCCGCCACGGCGUCGCCACCUCCGACGUCCCCGUGGACCCCUCCCGCGGCCUCUGGUUCCGCCUCUUCGUCCCCCGCGACUCCGAUAUUCAGAAACUCCCCGUGCUCGUCUUCUUCCACGGCGGCGGCUUCGUCUACCUCUCCCCCGACUUCAAGGCCUACGACGACGUCUGCCGCCGCUUCGCCCGCGCGAUCCCGGCCGUCGUCGUCUCGGUGAACUACCGCCUCGCCCCGGAGCACCCGUACCCGGCGCAGUACGACGACGGCUACGACGUGCUCCGGUUCCUCGAGGCCGAGGGGAGCAGGAUCCUCCCGGAGAAGGCCGACCUGUCCCGCUGCUUCGUGGCAGGGGACAGCGCCGGGGGCAACCUGGCCCACCACGUGGCUCUGCGCGUUGCCCAGCACGCAGAGCCACCAGGCGAGCUCAGGGUACUCGGAGUGAUUGCAAUACAGCCCUUCUUCGGGGGAGAGCAGGUCCGGAAAUCGGAGAUCGAGCUGGAAGGCGUGGACGUCAUUGUCAACCCUGCCCGGACGCAGUUCAUGUGGAAGGCGUUCAUGCCCCGGGCAGACCGCGACCAUGAGGUCAUCAAUGUGUGCGGGCCGAACGCAGUUGAUAUUUCGAAUAUUAGUUUUCCGGCGACCAUGGUGGUGGUGGCGGGGUUCGACUCGCUAAAGGACUGGCAGAUGAGCUACUACAACUGGCUCAUUGAAUCCGGGAAAGAAGCUUAUCUCGUCGACUACCCCAACAUGUUCCACGCCUUCUACAUUUUUCCUGAGCUUCCUGAAUCUACGCUCCUCGUUUCCGAACUCAAGAGCUUCAUCCACAAACAGUCUAAGGUCUAACUCUACCUAGUUAGUUGGAUUCAGAAUGUACUAUUUCCUGUUAGUACUCUUUUCUUUUUUUUAAAUAAUAAAAAAAAAACCAUGAAGUGAA